AACAUUUUUAUAACGUUGUUUUACGGUAACGCACAAAUAUGUCUGAGGAGCUUAUUAAACUAGAAAAAGAUCUCCAAGCGAAGCUUCUCUUUUAGUUGACUAGAGCUCUAUAGUAAAGAGAAUCAAGAAGAAGAAGAAGAAGAAGAAGAGGAUGGGACUACAGUUGGAGAGUUUGAUGGAGACGAUAAAGUCAAAGGUGGGUUUGCUGAGGAAGAAGAAGAAGCCUUACAUCAAAAUGGAUAAAAGCUCCAGCGUCAGAGUUGCUAUCCGUCGUAAGAAGACCAGAGAUCUCAUUGAUAAGACCUUAAAGGUCGCUGAUCGUCCUGGCAAACGAACUCUUUUCUGAAUGAAUAUUUUGUUUUAUUUUCUCAGACUUUAAUUGCUCUAUAGUUGUUGUUAUUUGGUGUUUUUGAUUCAAGAGAUCAAGUUUGUGAUAAUAUGUAUAUAUACUUUCUGGAAAAUAAUAACUAUAUAGAAACAUCAAAUUUUUAUUCAA